AGACAAAAAAAAAAAAGAAAGAGCAACUGGAACUAGAAAGUGAUAGUAAGUGAGGUGAUCAUGACACCGGAACAAUGUGAAUUUCUUGCCGGUAAUGAAUGGAUUCAGAUAAAUCCACAGUUUAGUUUGGAUGAAUUACGCUUGAUAAGUGGUGAUAUUGGACCAUUCGAAGCUGGCAUGCCUAUUUGGGUACCACUUUGGGUAGCAGUUACUUUAAGGAAACGACGGAAAUGCACUAUCAUUCCACCAGAAUGGUUAUGUGUGGAGGAAUUGAAAAAACUUGUAACAGCAGAAAGUGGAACUAAUGCAUUUGGACAAGUGCCACGGUUUUAUUUAGAAAUAGCUCAUAUGUUCGUACAAUAUGCCAAAGAAGAUCUUCCGGAUAGCGAUAUGAUACGAGUUUAUGUACAAGACUUAUGGGAUAAGCGAUCUGCGAAACUCAACAAUUCAUCUACUAAAUUUUUGGGACAGGUAUAUCUUAAUUAUAUUAUUAAGUGAAUAAAAAGAGCAAUUUAAGGAUGAGAAAUUGUCUUAACUAUACUUACUGACAAAAAUUCCUCAACAAUUACAACGAUCAUAAUAUGUAACAUCGAAUGAUAAAGAGGUUAAGAUUUUGCUUUUAUCAAUUCUUUACCGAUUUCUGUUUUUAUCAAUCUAAGCUGAUUUUUGCCGCUAAAACUUCAUGCUUGAAAAGAAUGAAAAGUAUUACAUUUUAGAACAAUUUCCAACUUAAACUGUACAACAAUAAUAAUAAUAUACAGUCAUUUUUGCACAUUUCGGAUAUAUAAGCAGACAAGUCAUUUCCGGAUGUACCAACCAGGUAUAAUUGACGGAGCAAAAAAAAAAUUGCGGGCGUCAAUGAACACGUGCCGCUAAUCCGCCUCUAGAGCAUAACAUGCUUUCAAUAAUACAAAUGCAUACCGACACUGUCGUAUACUAACUCCCACGGCUCCUUAUCCCUCUCCAUCUCCUUUUAGUGGUCUCCUCUCCUUUUUCUUCUCUCAAGAAAGGUAUUAACUGUAUCUUCUAUGACCGUCGGGCUUUGCCCACUUAAAUCAUAGCAACCAUCUCUUGUAACUUUGAGUUUUAUUACCUUAUAACUCGACCUAUAUUACAGAUAUUUCUUCACUCACCCUCUCUAUUAUACACUCUCAGAGAUUACUUAUCCUGAGAGUCAUUCCCGUAAUAUAGUAGCAUAGGCACUGAGAGACUGAAUGAACUUCAUUUUGAAGGCGCAGCAAUGAUUAACUUGACUAAAAGGAGGAAAAAUUAUGAGACCAUAGUUGAGACAAACAGCAGCAAUCUUUUAAAAUAGAUGAUGCAAGGAAAAGUUUUCUACAAGUUCUCAUAUAAUUCAUCUAUUGUAGGUAAAUUAUGUUGUAAAAUCACUUCUGCUCUAUUUACAGGUGGAAUCAUGUCAUGCAAGGAUGGAUAAUAUUACUUUAAUGGAAGUGGCGUACAUUAAGCGAUCAUUAAUUAUAGCUAGUCGUGAAAUUGAGGCGCUUAACAAAUCGUUCCAUGAAUUAUCCAGUCAAAGCAGUAGUGAUCAAAGAUAUCUAGUAGCUUGAAAAAAAAAAAAAACAAAAGAAAACUCUGUUAUUCCUUUAUGUGUACUUUACUGCUUUUUUAUUGGAUGAUUGCAAAGGAAAUAAUAUACGUGAGGAAUGAUCCUACAAGUUUUUUUCUAUUCCAAAACCUUGUCCCCUACUUCUUUCCCUUCCGUUUUCAUUCUUUGUGCAGCAGCAAUGAAGAAUAAUUGUCGAAAUAAAGUUACUAUUCGAAGUUCAAUUUGUC